GUGAUAGAGGAGAUAGCAGCAGCCGUGCGGGGUACCCCUGGGGCCACACUGCUGGAUGUUGACCCUGGAUACUCUACCAACCGCACAGUCUACACCUUCGUUGGCAGCCCUGAUGAUGUCGUCGAGGCAGCCAUCAACGCGGCUCAAGUCGCCUAUAGGCUCAUUGACAUGACCACGCACAAGGGAGAGCAUCCUCGCAUGGGAGCCAUGGACGUGUGCCCCUUCAUCCCGGUGAAGGGAGUAAGUGAAGAGGAGUGCGUGGUUGUCGCCAAUUCUUUUGGGGCUCGCCUGGCCGAGGAGCUGGAUGUUCCCGUCUUUCUCUACGGUGCCGCCUCCACUAAAGAUUAUCGCAAGACCAUGCCCCAGAUCCGCGAUGGCGAGUACGAGGGAAUGAAGGAAAAGCUUAAAAUGGAAGAAUGGGCUCCAGAUUUUGGGAGUCGUGAGUGGGUUCCUCGGUGGGGCGCUACUGCCACGGGAGUCAGGAAAUACCUCAUUGCGUACAACAUCAAUAUGGUGGCCACCAAGGAGCAGGCACACAGGAUUGCUCUCAACCUGCGUGAACAAGGUCGAGGUCCCGACCAGCCAGGUCGUCUGCGCUGUUGCCAGGCCAUCGGGUGGUACCUCCAGGAACAGAACAUCGCACAGAUCAGCAUCAAUCUCACCGACUUUGAUGUUACUCCCAUACACAUCGCCUAUGAAGAAGCGAAGAAGGACGCAGAGAAGUUGAAUCUGGCAGUGACAGGGUCAGAGAUCGUGGGUUUGGUGCCCCUGGCUGCAAUCUUGCGAGCGGCAGAGCACUACAUCAAGAAGGAGAAGCUUUUCAUUGUGGAGGAGGUCCAGAAGGUGCACCUCGCCAUCAACCGCCUCGGCCUUAGCACACUAUCACCCUUCAAGCCAAAAGAGCGAAUUAUAGAGUACAGUUUGGAAGGUUGUGCAGGAAAACUGGCAGGUAGUAGUGUGGAGCAGUUCAUCAGAAGUGUGGCUGCCCGCACUCCAGCUCCUGGAGGAGGAUCAGUAGCUGCCACCGUCGCCGCUCUAGGAGCUGCUCUGGGCGCUAUGGUAGGGCAACUGACGUAUGGAAAACGUCAGUGGGAGUCCCUCGACUCCACAAUGAGAGAAGUUAUCCCUCCCCUUCACGAAGCUGCCAUCUCCCUCAUUCCUGCCAUCGACGCUGACACUGCUGCCUUCAACAAGUACACGGAUGCCAUGAAACUUCCUCAGAACACCGAUGAAGAGCGUGAAAUACAGAGAACAGCAAUGGCAGCUGCGAUAGAAGAAACCAUUCAGGUGCCCUUGUCAGUCCUCAAGAUAUUGAACACUUCCACCUGGGAUGCCCUCAUUCAGCUGGCUGCUGUUGGCAACAUUAAUUGCAAGUCUGAUCUCCAGGUUGGAGCGAGGUGUUUGGAAGCUGGGGCAUGGGGAGCCUACUACAAUGUCAAAAUUAAUUUGAGCAACAUAAGUGAUGAGUCUGUCAGAGACAAUUACUUGAAAGAAGCAGAUGACCUCCUUGAGCAAGCCAAACAAAGCUGCAGCAAAGUCUUAGAUGCUGUUAACAAGAGAGAGAAUUGAUGUGCCAUUACCAGAAAAAAAAAUUGCAGGUCUACUGUUUAUGUAAAAGUUGUGUAAAAAAAAAAAAAAAAAUUGAA